AAAGCGUUGUGUACUAGUGAAGAUAGGUAGUCUGCUCCUGCAGCGUCUCCGUCAUCAUUGUUAGGUGGUGAAGCAGAGAUAGGCGACUUUCACAUGACUUCCUCGCCGAGCCAGCCACAUUUCUCCAAAGGCAAAUGUGCCAAUAUUUGAGCCUAAUUGUUCCCUCAGACCCAAAAAGUCUCUGCGUACUUACCUGUUUUUCCAUUGUAACAACAACGAAACCUCACCCCAUAGUUUUUCUUGCGCACGCGUUUUUACCUAGUAUUUUCUCAAGUUGCUACUUGAGCAUGCUAUUAUUUCAUCUACAGUUCUUAGUCUUAGCAAGAAGCCCGAGGGUUGUAGUACCAAAAAAUCGUAAGGAGUCGUAGCGCCGUCAUCUUCUUCCAAGGGAAAGGUAAGUCACAACUAACUACUAUAGCAAAAAAGAUGGACUCGUCUUCACAACCACAAGAGACUAUGCAAGAGACUCAAAAUUAUGGGUCUCCCAACAAGGAGACAUCAACUUCAGCUGGAACUGCAUGCCUGCGACGCGAUGCACGACGGCGUUUGGUGUCAGGGGUCUACGUCUUAUUGGCAGUGUUGUAUGCUGUGGUUUCCGUGGCUUCUCAAAGUCGGAGUUUACGAGUCCUCUGCGCCGUAUUGUCUUAUGAUGCUUGUGUCUUGGCGAUGGGAGGCAUUUUUGUCAGGUGGCGCGCGCUGCUGGAGUUUCUAGGUCGGGUCCGGUUUUUCGUGGAUGCUUUGGUUAUGAACAAUCUUACUCUUUGUAUCUAUUUAGCUCCUACAUACUAGAGAUGUAGAACGAGUUUCAUCUUCUAGUAGUGUGGUGGUUUUGGAUCAACAUCUUUCAAUUUUAAUUUUCUUGGCUACUAGCAGCUGUUGAUUUGUUGUUGUGAUUACCUGCUUCUUACACUUGUUGGUCUCCAUCAAAAGGGAUCUUCGUCAUCAUUUUCUUGGUGAAGAGCACGAUCCGUCGUUGCAGUCCUUCGUGCAGCUUCUAAUUUGACAUGGCCUUAUUUUCUGUCGUUCGCGAUAGCGGUGUCCGGGAAGUGCGGUUUUUUGUCCUAUUUCUCCGUCGUCAGUUGGGAGAUGACGCUUGGUGGUCUCUUCUAUUAUGAGUUUACAUGAUUGUCUAAUCCUAAUGCAUGGUUCUGCUUCUGAGUCCUUGCAUUCUUGUUCCGUUCCGACGUAUAGUACAAGAACCAAUGUAGCAAACAACGACUAGUAACUACGUUAACCUUACAAUAUCUGUUACAAAUUAUAGACCAACCACGCUAACAUAAUUAACAACGUGAGCCUUUCCCUCUCCUUUUCUUCACCUCCUAAAAAUUUUUAUCUCUAAGCUUGUGUCCUGACGAUCGUUUUUGUGGGUCGGGAGGUGAUGUACUACGCCUACGUUCUCUGGGAUCCCACUGCUACGCGACACAAAAUACUAGCCAAUCUCUCUUCCGGUGGUAACAUUGGCCCUACCGGUCAUUACGAACAGUUACGGUCAACAUUUAAGUAAAUAACAAGUCGUGUCCAUCUCUCAGCAUCAUUAUCUUUUUAGAUACCAGUGAUGUAGUCCAAGUAGUCCAUAUCUCAUUCUCUCAGCGUGUAGUCCAUCUCUCACUCUCUCAGGUUCUUCUUGGUGCGCUUUGCCUUAUCCCAGAGAACGAGAACAAUACAACUUAAUACAUUCAUACAAUUGUAGCAAGCCUUGUUGUACCAAGAUUAACGAGAUGGAUUAAGCAGCACUCUCUAAGACAGGCGCAGCACGGUGCAGCUGGCAAGCAGGUUACACCACCGAGGCAGAUGAUGUCUCCACCUUCUGCUAUCGAAAUGGCGGACACAAGUGAAGAUGGCACAAGAACUAGAAGCAACGAUGUUGACAUACCAUCAUCUUGUACCUCAACGUCGCCUGAAGAUAGAAGAAGAGGUGGCACCCGUGAAGAUGCCUCAUCAAGUCCACAAAUGCGACCAAGAGGACGUAACAUGCCAGAUUCGCAUUUGAGCACGCUAGUCGGGAGUUUUGACCCUGCUGCAACCACACGAUUUUCUCCGCAAGAAGGCCAACUUCCAGUUAAGGCUGACUUCGGAGACUGCUUGCCCAGAAAUGCGGUAUUCGGCGGUUACUUUCGUCCCUUGCAUGAGGAGGCUGAUGACGGGCGGCUGAUCUUCGUUCCGGUGCCUGCGCGUGACGGGCUCUACAUCGCGUCUGGCUUGGUGAUGCUGGAGCACCUGUGGCUAGGCUGUGUCGCGUUUCUUGCACAGACACCGCAUGCGCUUCCACCCCUCUUUGUUGGCGCCGCUGCGGGACUCACUGGCAGGCUUGUGGAGCGCCGAAUACCGAAUGUCACGCUGGCGCGGCUCGUCAUAAGAGCGUCAGAGCUACUGUGGAUGGUGUGCUGUUUGAUGCAGGAGCGUUGUCUUUGCGUAUCUCAAAUGUUCUCCUUUGCCAUGGAACCAUUCACAAAGGGUGCCGUUUUCGAGGGCGCAUCUACAGCUACUCUGGGAUCAACAAGUCCUUAAACCCGAACGUGAAGCAAGAACAAAGAAUGCGAAGAGCUGUGCCGAGAACAGAGAAAACCUGGUGCUCAAGCGAACAAUUCUUGCGCGCGGAGCCGGAGACCACUAAUAGAUAUAUUUAUUCGUUCACCCGCCCUUCUCGCACUGUAGUUGUUAACAUUAACAACACCCGUGAGGAUAAGUGAAGAGAAGAUGCUCACCUGGUAUCCUGGAUGGGCAUCCCACCUUGACAUUUAAUACUCCGUGUUCCUGAAACUACGAUGGAAUCUUC